AUGGCAGUCCACGGCAAAUACGUCACCGAGAAGGUGACCUAUCCUUCGCACGGAGAGACCGUCGCUGGCAUCCUUUACCGCCCGAAAGGCAUUGCCAAGCCGCCUGGCGUCGUCCUCGUCGGACCUUACUCGUACGUCAAGGAGCAAGCUCCGCUUCAGUAUGCGACCCGCCUCGCCGAUGAAGGGUACGCUGCCCUGAUCUUCGACCCCCGCACCGUCGGCGAAAGCACGGGCGCUCCGCGUCGUCUGGAGAACCCCAAGAUGAAGAAUGAGGAUGCCGUCGCGGGUCUGGACUACCUUGUGAGCCGAGGCGACAUCGACCCGUCCAAGCUCUUCCUCGUGGGUAUCUGCCAGGGCGGCCCUCAGUGCUUGGACAUCGCUUCGCGCGACGAUCGCGUUGCUGCCGUAGCCUCCGUCACAGGCUACUUCCGCGACCGCGAGACGGACAUCUACAUGAUCGGCUCAGGCUGCGUAGCCUGGACGCCUGGCGCCGACAUUGCGACCAUGCGCAUGCCCACGGCAAAGCAAGGUGAAGCGCUCCUCGAUGCUCGCCUGAAGAGGGCUGAGGAGGCGCGCGCACUGUACGAGAAGACCGGUGAGGUUGUCUACCAGCCGUUGGUAGACCCUAAGGCGGCCGACCCCGACGUCGGAUCGCUCGCCGGUCUUCCCGGACCGGUCAGCUGGACCUUCUACGGCCCAUGGACCAUGAAGAACUUCGACAACCGGUACGCGGUGAUGAGCGACCUGGACCACUUCAGCUACACUACCGUCCCCGGCGUGGCUAAGCUCGAAAAGCCUGCUCUCAUCAUCCACGGUGACAACUGCAUGAAUGCACCUUCCGCUAAGCGCCACUUUGACUCGAUCCCCACCAAGAGCAAGAAGCUGAUCUGGGACAACGAGGUGUCGCACUUCCAGCACUACGAACAGCCGGACUGCGUCGAUCGCAACGUAGGAGAGAUCGCCAGCUGGUUCCAGAAGGUGCUCGACGGAGCCAGCUUGCCCUGA